CUCGUCUGUCGUCUGUCGUCUGUCGCUGCCGCCGUCGUCGCCUUCCUCGUCGCUCGUCGCCUCCGCCGCCGUCGCCUCCGCCGCCUCACUCCUCCGUGCACGAGCUGUUUCUCUGGGCCCAGCCUCAGCCGCCCCGCCUCGCGAAGCCUCGUCCCCAGCCCCAGCGGCGCGCUCGCGCGCGCACUCCGCUCCCGCCGCGCGCGCGGCAUGGCGCCCGGCGCCGGCGGCGGCAGGCAGGGCGGGGACGAGAGCUGGCCGGCGUCCAUCCCACAGGUGAGCACAGGGAUCGUCAAGACCGAGCACAGGCACGGCCACAAGCCGUUCCAGUCGUACAGUCUGCCAAGCUGGGUCCGGCACCCCGACAAGCAGAAAUGCUCCAUGUACCUCCAGCCCGAGGACUACAUGGGCUGCCGCAAGCGCCACAACGACUUCGCGUGGAACGUCGCUCAUGUCGGCGCUCAGUGCGGCAUGUUCGACGGCCAGGGGUUCAGGAUGCUCGAGAAGGC